AUGAAGAAGGCAGAACAGCUUCUCAUUAAAAAGUGUCAACAGGAUUCUUUCUCUUCCGAAUUAACCUUAUUAAAACAAGGUAAGUCGUUACCACCUACAAGUCGUCUGUUACAAUUAACGCCUUAUAUUGACGACUCGGUUAUUUUACGGUCUGAAGGUCGUAUCGACAGAGUAGUAGGUGUUGAACACGCUACUCGAAGGCCCACCAUUUUAGACGGUAAGCACAGAAUAACACGCUUAUUAGUUGAGCACUAUCACCGACUAGCACUUCAUGGAGCCAAUGAACUUGUCGUGAACGAAUUGAGGCAGCAGUUUUGGAUUUUAAAGCUUAGACCAACUGUGCGCUCAAUAGCUUCGCGUUGUUUAUUCUGUCGUUACAGACGCGCGGAUCCACAGCCACAACGUAUGGCUGACCUUCCAGCUGAAAGGAUGCAACAUAAUAGGCGUCCAUUCAGCUAUUCAGGCGUGGAUUUCUUCGGCCCUCUCGAGGUCACUGUCGGUCGUCAGCGACAUAAACGAUAUGGCAUGUUAUUUACUUGCCUCACUGUUAGAGCAAUUCAUAUUGAGCUGACAGUGGAUCUCUCGACUGACUCUGUUAUAAUGGCCCUUAGACGCAUGGCAUCUCGACGAGGCAUGCCAACUGUCAUAGUUUCUGACAACGGCACUAAUCUGAGAGGGGCUGACAACGGAUUGAAACGGAGCUUGGCAGAUCUCAACAGCGAUGCCUUGCGUGACGAUGGAACCAUACGCGGAAUCGAAUGGAAAUUCAUUCCUCCUGGAGCUCCCGAGAUGGGCGGCUCAUGGGAACGGAUGAUCCGUACAGUAAAAACUGCAUUAAGAGUAAUCUUAAAAGAGCGCGCCCCACAUCCCGACACUUUAGCUACUUUAUUAGCGGAAGUGGAGGGACUAGUAAAUAGUCGUCCAAUCACACACGUGUCAUCUGAUCUUAAUUAUCCGGAAGCGUUGACACCUAAUCAUUUUUUGAUAGGUACUUCCUCAACUAGUCCAUGUUUCGGCAAGUACAAUGACACUGAUCUGCAAUUAAGAAAACGUUGGCGAGUGGCACAACGGUUGGCGGAUAUGUUCUGGGCCCGUUGGCUAAAAGAAUAUUUACCAAGCUUGGUCCCUCGUCAAAAAUGGACACAAGAAUGUAGGUGUUUACAAGUAGGUGAUUACGUCAUUAUUAUAGAACCUAAUCUAGAUCGUAACUGCUGGCGACAUGGUAUAGUGAGUGCGACCCACGCAGGCGCGGACGGGCGAGUUCGUGUUGUUGAUGUGCGUACACGUACGGGUUUGAUUCGCCGGCCGGUUACACGCGUCGCUGUACUAUCCCCACGGGAGGAUAGUGCUAACCAAGUUAGCACUAAGGAGGCAGUGUAA